GAUUGAGUCGUUUAGGGCAUUGAUGAUAUUGGGCCCUAAACUCAACCUAACUGCAGAAGGUCAGCCAACCCUAGAACAGACCACAUUGCAGAGCCCAACUAUGUCCAAGGCAUCCAAUAUUUCAUCGUCUACGUUCUCUACAAAUACUCUUCUGCCUACGUCUUCUUUGUAUCUUAUGAAGCCCACAAAGUCAAUUUCAUUCAUCGAAGAGAGGAAGAGAGCACAAAGGUUGAAUGUAUUAUUGUCCAACACUACUGCUGAUGCAAAGUUUUUCAUUAGAGGACUGGCAAACACAGGAACUCUAAUGCAUUCACCGAAGAUGUUCACAUUAUUCUACAACUCGAGGGGUUGCGAUCACAAGACUAAAAACGAAAUGUUGAUUACUGACGAUCGAGAUCAGUUUAUCAAAAACGGAGAUGGUCUUGCAUCUAGGGUAGGUAGGGCUGUUGUUGAAAUGAGGUUAGACGCAUCUAUUAAAGAGGUUCACAAAAUACUGAAUUUUGUUAGACUGAUAGAGGGUAUAGAAUUGGGUCUGUUAGAGCUUUGGAUUAAGGUCGAGGCAAAAGUUAUGGCGAUUGAAGGAAAGGGACUCUGUUUCUAUCAAAAUCAGGGAAGGUGUGUUUGUGGGUUGGUGCAUGACCAUGGCUAUUGUAGCUAUGGUUUUAGUCGUAUUCCUGCUCUUAUUAGCCUCUGCAUUUGCUUCCAGGUUGGAUGGUACUAUGCAUGAAGGUGUUUGUGUUCAAGAAGAUUGGCUUCUGGGGUGGCUAAUGUUCGUUCUGCGUGACAACAAGAAGGACUCUAUAAAAUGUGGGCUUAACAAGGGUGUUGUGAUUGCCAUUUAUCUGGAUGAGGUUUGGGCCUCUAACGUAUAUGGGUCUAAGAUCUUUUGGAGGGGUGUAGGGCAUCCAGUUCAUAAAGCUUCUACAAUGGAGGUCAUAUGGGCUUACAUGGAACUGAAUGAUGGGGCUUUUGGACUGAAGAAGACUACAGCAUGUUUGGAUGUCCACUAAUUUAUAAAAAGAAAAAAGUCUUAUUCUAAAUCUAUGUUUUAUUUUCUGCUUUUGUACUGAUCCUCGAGAACAUGGAUCUCUUGUUGGGGGGGAGUAUAUUGAUACAUGGGAAUUAGGGGUAAAAGGGUAAUUUGGGUCAUAUUAAGUCUAUGUAUAGGAGUCUUGGGGUUUGUAACAAGUGUCUAGUGAAUACAUUUUUACUGUUUA